AUGAAUGUCGCAGCUGGAAAAUCUGUCACAAGCUGGGACAUAAAUAAAAACGUAACCAAGAAAAACACAAAGAGUAAAACUAGUGAAAUAACAAGCGAAAGAAAUUUUAUUGCAAACAGUGGUGAAGAAGUAGUGCAAAACGACAUACCAGAAAAAGAGGGUAUAAGAACCAAAAAACUCCACGAUAAUUCUUCGGAUUCAGACUCUGACUGCUCUGUGCAGUAUGCAGAUUCUUCGGACUACGAUUCAAUUGAAGACAUGCAGGACUACUUAUUGAGACAACUGACAGAAGAUCAGAAAAUGGAGGAAAAGGAAAAAGAUGAACAAAUGACCGAAUUGGAAACGAAAGGGCAUGAAACAGAAAGCUUGAGAACAGAAUAUGACAAGGGGAAAGAAGAAUGGUUAAAACAGGAAAUAGAGGAUCAAAUUAAGGAAUUGGAAAAAAAAAGGAUAUGA